CAUGACGUGUUCCUUUUAUCUCAACACACAAAAAAGAAAAAAAGAAAAUCAAAUUAUACGAAAAAAAAGGCUUAGCAUCUCAAACAUUCCAAAGUCAAAAAACACAUCUUCCCUUCCAAAAGAGUAAAGAUUAUCAAACCAAUUUCCUUAUCCAAUUAAAAUUAUCCAUUUCCCGAAUUCCCAAAAUGGGCUAUCCAAUUCAAUCUGAUAUUCGGUCGGCGAUUCAAAUCGCCGCCGUUUUCCGCCACAGCCAGCACUACCACCACCACCUUAUUUGUCACCGCCGGUUACUUCCACCCGCCGUCAUUUCCUACCGCAACGCUCCGAGCUGCUGCUUUACGGUUAAACUUAGAGCUUUAUCCACUAAUAAUAGCGACACUGCAAUUCAACGUGCAGCAAUCCAGAAGGUUUCUAACAAGCCACCUAUAUGCACUGCCGAUGAACUUCACUAUGUAUCUGUUAAUAAUUGCGAUUGGAAACUUGCUCUUUGGCGCUACAUUCCUCCUCCGCAGGCUCCAAAGAGAAAUCAUCCGCUGCUGCUCUUGUCUGGCGUGGGGACUAAUGCUAUUGGAUAUGAUCUUGCUCCUGGGUCAUCUUUUGCCCGUUACAUGUCUGGGGAAGGAUUUGACACGUGGGUUCUUGAACUUCGAGGAGCUGGGUUGAGUGUGCAGGAACCAGAUGCCACAAACAUUGAGAAGUCUGCGAAUGCAGUCUCAAAACAGAUGGAAGCUGCCGCUGAUAAUGCUACUGAGAAAGCUCUUUCUGCAGCACAGCAGUCAACAGAUGUGCAGAGUUCCUUAGAAGAGUCUGACAUAGCUUUGGUCAAAGAAGAACCCACUGCUAUUUCAACAAUGUGGGAUGAGUCGAGAGUAGUGAACCAGCUUACAGAAACAUUUAUGCUCUUGUCAGAGAGAGUCUCUGGUUUCCUCAAUGAAAGCCAGUCAAGGAUUAUGUCCGCUAAACUAUUUGAUCAAAUAUCAAAAUUGUUAGAGGAUUCAUUUCUUUAUGAACGCUUUAAUGAGACAAGAGGGAAGUUGUUAAGUCUGCUGGAGACAAGGCAAAAUUCUGCAGUUGCUGACCAAAUAAAGGAUCUUAGUCAAAAGCUAGUAAAUAUCAUCGAAGAAGGUCAACGUUCUGUUUCACCACCAUUAGUUGAUCUGCAUGAGCGUCUAACCACUACCAUAGAAGAUUUCCAGAAACAGCUUGACUUGAUUGUCAAGUAUGAUUGGGACUUCGAUCAUUACCUGGAAGAGGAUGUUCCAGCUGCGAUGGAAUACAUAAAGGCCCAAACUGCACCAAAAGAUGGUAAACUUCUUGCCAUUGGACAUUCUAUGGGAGGAAUAUUGCUGUAUGCUAGGCAAUCACAGUGUGGAUUGGAAGGAAGAGAAACUGGAUUAGCUGCUAUUGUAACUUUGGCUUCAUCACUGGAUUACACAUCUUCGAAGUCUGCACUCAAACUGCUUGUACCCCUUGCUGAUCCUGCCCAGGCUCUCAAUGUACCUGUUGUUCCUUUAGGGGCAUUACUCGCUGCAGCUUAUCCUCUUUCAUCUCGCCCUCCUUAUGUGUUGUCUUGGCUGAAUGAUAUGAUAUCGGCUACAGACAUGAUGCAUCCAGAGUUGCUGAAAAAGCUUGUCUUGAAUAACUUCUGUACUAUUCCUGCUAAACUUAUUUUGCAGUUGACUACAGCUUUUCGAGAAGGAGGACUCCGCGACAGAAGUGGUAAAAUUUUCUAUAAGGAUAAUCUUCACAAAAGCAAUGUACCCGUGCUGGCUCUUGCUGGAGAUAAAGACAUAAUCUGCCCACCAGAAGCAGUGUAUGAAACUGCAAAGCUCAUCCCGGAGCACUUGGUUACCUACAACGUAUUGGGGGAUGCUAAUGGUCCACAUUUUGCUCAUUAUGACUUAGUGGGAGGACGCAUGGCUGCAGAACAUGUAUAUCCUUGUAUAAUCCAAUUUUUAAGCCGGUAUGAUGAGACCAGCUAAUGCCUGCACUCUAGUUUUGACCAUUCUUUGGGCAGUGAGCUCUAUAUUCCUUGGUGUCAAAUCCGCUUGCCCUGCCCCAUUCAUCACUCGCAUCUGGGGAAGCUUGUUAACAAGUGAGCUAAGCUUAAUUAUCUGACUAGUUGAUCUCUCCGUUGCUACAUGUAUAAAAUACCUGAAGUGUGUGGUCUUCUCUUUGCUCUUUCUGUACCCUCUAUUGUAUUUAAGGACCUUGUUUACAUUGUAGGGAGUACAUAUACAAGUCCCUGAACCUGAGGAAGGCUCAUGUCAAGGAAGGAAUUUGACACAUAUUUAUAUCAUACCUCAAUUGUAAUGUAUUUAGUUCCUCAGCAUUUAGCUCUUUACAGGUUGCUUCUUUCUCUUUUGCUUACUGCCAUUUAUUUUCCAAUUAUCUCUUGGUUCUUUAUUUUUCCUGGCAAAAUGUAAAGAGACCCUUUCAAUUAGAAGGGGAGAAAGUAACUAUUGCAGUUGGUCACACUGGAAAUAGGACAGGAUUCUAUCACACGAAGCUGAAGUAUUCAAUGAGAUAACAAAUAUACAAAUGUUUAGUACUA